AUGAAUUCGGUGGUUGUUAAGGCCCACCCUCUCCGAUGCGAACUUGUUCGCGUUCCAAUUCCCCAGCCCGGUCCGGAUGAAGUUUUAGUCAAAGUCAUUUUCUGUGCGAGCAAUCCACGCGACUGGAAGGCCCCUGACCAUCUGAUUCCCGGUGUUGAAAUCAAUCAGGGCAAUGAAAUGUCAGGCGUGGUCGAAGCGGUCGGCACCAAUGUCUAUGAAUUCCGAAAGGGGGACCGCGUUGCCGCAGCUCAUCCGAUGCAAACGGAAAACGGGACGUACGCAGAGUAUGCCACAGCCCCUGUGAAUACUUGCUUCUUGAUCCCACCGAACAUAUCAUUUGAAGAAGCUUGUACCAUUCCGUUUUCACUUUGUACGGCAGCUUUGGGUUUAUACCAACGGCUGAAAAUUCCAUUUCCUACUUCCCCGGACAACGCUCAAAUCCAGCCGCCGCUUAUCGUCUAUGGUGGGGCCUCUUCCAUUGGCAGUUUCACCCUUAAGUUGGCGAGUUUGGGACGAUUCGACAAGCUUAUCGCUGUCUGUGGGUCCGGUGGAGAGUACAUUGAGUCACUUGGUAUAGUGACAGACUUUGUGGACUACAGAAAGGGUGAUGUUGUCAAUGAUCUUAAGGCCGCUCUUGAUGGGAAAAAAUGCUUUCACGCUGUCGACGCAAUCAACAAUGGUGACAGCUGGAAUCACUUGGUGAACGUUUUGGAGCCCCAAGGCAGUCGAAUCGCUGUCUAUCUGCCUCGCUUGGAUUAUACAUCUAUUCCGUCUGGUAUUUCUAUUGGGAUAACAUUCUUUGGCACUGUGCAUGGGCAACCAACACCUUUCUGGAAUCAUGACUGUGCCGAAGAUGUGGACUUCGCCUACGCCCUAUUCCGACUUGUGAGUCGAUGGCUUUCCCAAGGAAAGAUCCUCGGUCAGCCUUAUGUGUUGCUCCCAAAUGGCUUGAAGUCGGUUGAGGAUGGACUGCUCCAGUUGAAGGAAGGAAAGAUCAGCGCUUCAAAGAUUAUAUAUCGAGUUGAUGACACGCCUAUUGGCAGUUAA